CCAUAUUAGACACGUCCGACUUCGCGGGAUGCCUCGUCACGUGCAUGGCGGAGACGCGGAGGUGAGAGAGCCGCUGCUCACCGAGGAGUGCCCGGAGCCGAGCGAGCCCGACUCGGAUGAAGGUGAAAUCAUUUUCGAGAGGAGGGCAGCAAACGUAACACAUGGUGCUGGUGCAGGUGAAAGGAGAAGGUUAACGUACGAGGAAGCAGUAGAGGAAACAGGUUUUGGUUUGUUCCACUGGCUGCUGUUGGUGGUGUGUGGUUGGGCCAAUGCCAGCGAUGCCGUGGAGAUCCUCUGCGUGUCUUUUCUCCUGCCAACGGCACGCUGUGAUCUGCUGCUGAGCUCCUCAGACAUGGGCCUGCUGACUGCCAGCAUCUUCCUCGGAAUGAUGGUGGGCGGCUACUUGUGGGGAUACUUGGCUGACCAGAGGGGGCGUCGCAGGAUCCUGGUUGUAUCCCUGACAGUGAACGGGGUGUUUGGAGGUCUGGCCAGCGUGGCUCCAUGGUUCUGGCUCUUCCUGUUGCUGCGGUUCAUCAGCGGCAUUGGGGUCGGCGGGUCGAUCCCCGUCAUCUUCUCCUACUUCUCAGAGUUCAUGCCUCGUCUGAGGAGAGGGGCAAUGAUCAGCGCUCUGGCCACUUUCUGGAUGGCAGGAAACAUUCUGGCAGCAGGUCUAGCCUGGUUGGUGAUUCCAAGAACGUGGGCUCGUUUUUCUCUGGGCUCUUUGGAUUUUCAGAGCUGGAGACUGUUUGUGGUGCUUUGCUCUGUUCCCAGCCUCACCUCAGCCAUCCUCUUCAGGCUGCUCAUGCCCGAAAGCCCAAAGUUCCUCAUGGAGGCUGCCCGGGAGAAAGAGGCCACCCACGUCUUCAGGCUGAUGUUUGAGCUGAACAUGUGGGGAAAGGGGAAAGAGUUCCCGGACUUUGGUUUGUGUACGAGCUCCAAACAAAGAGGAGAGCUGGAGGAGAGCAGAUCUCACAGAGGUCCACACAGAGGGAGGCCUUCUCGUGUCUGGAUGAUCUUGAAAAAGGGUUUGGUCCCGCUCAAGCAGAUGUUUAAAGGUCCGCUCAGAUCCAGGAGCAUCGUCCUGCUCGUCGUCUUCUACUGCAUCUCGUUUGGUUACUACGGGCUGUGGAUGUGGUUCCCGGAGCUGUUUGAUAGAAUCGAGGAGGGCGGCUCGCCUUGUGCCAACGUGUCCCUCCCGUCUCCACUCCACAACCAAAGCUGCUACCCAGUGAAGACAGCAGUGUACAUGGAGGGCUUCUUCAUCGCUGCAUCAAACCUACCAGGAAACAUCUUCACCAUCCUCAUGAUGGACAGCACAGGAGGGAAAGCUCUGCUGUCCUGCAGUCUGCUGGCGUCUAGUCUGAGCGUCUUCCUCAUCUAUGUGGUCCAGACCAAAGUCCAGAGUCUGAUCCUGUCGUGUGUCUUCAGCGGCGUGUCCGUGAUCUCCUGGAACGCCCUGGACGUGGUGGGAACAGAGCUCUACCCGACCCAGCUACGGUCCUCUGCUCUCGGUUUCUUCACAGGAGUGGCUCGGGUGGCAGCGAUCAUGGGUAACGUAGUCUUUGGAAAGUUGGUGGACACAAACUGUGCCAUACCCGUCCUGCUGGUCUCAGCCCUGCUACUGACCGGAGGACUGGUGGCUCUUCUGCUUCCACAGACCAGGCAGACGGAGCUCACCUGAUGGAGCGCAGACUCUCCAUCACAUUAGUUUACAUGAAAAAACUAUUUGCUUCUAUGAAGACUUCUCUACAGAGAAGUCUUCAUAGAAGCAGACUGGUGGAUUCCAGAGUCCUGUGCCUCGUGCUGUCUCUCUGUGCCUUUUUUCAUGGUGCCUCAUUCAAAACGCCAACAAUGAGAUGAUGAAGAAGAAGAAGAAGAAGAAGAAAGGGAGAAAUGCACACAAAUCAAAUCCUCACAGCCAGAGUACAAACUGUCAAGGACGUCUUUAAAAAGUUUAUAAACUCUACAAAAGUCUUUUCUUCUAAGUCAGAAAAGUCAAGUUGAAUCUGAGUUUUUGGAGUAUAACGAGUGAUUGAUUCAUUUCUAAAAAUGUCCUCGCUUGUGUCACCCUGAACUCAAAAAGUAUCUUGAAGGAAGUUUUCAGGCUUUUAUGUGGCACGCCUGAAUUUCUAGUUACUCUGGUUUUAGGUACUGUUGUUUAAAAAGUUUGAAGAAAACGCUGCACAUUCCACAUCAUCUUUCCUACAGCGUGUCUGUAACUCAGUCUGUAAAAGGCUGCACAGCUGACGUCAUUUAUUGGCAAAUGCUGCUCUAAAAAAAAAAUCAUGCAAAUCUGUAGCCAGUCUGUCAUAUUCCUAAAUUAACUGGACCACUUGGUCCAGCAUUCCUGUGGAAGACCAAAGAUUUCUAAAUUCAGAUGACAAUCGUUGUGAAAGGACCAGAUCAGCAGUGUUCACUGUAAUGCCGCCUGUUCUCACAAGUUUCAGAUAGUUCUUGAAUAAAAAUGACUUCAUCUCAA